UUUUUUCCUUCAAGUAAUAACGUAAAUGUCAAAGUUAAAUAGCUGCGAAAUAGAAGGGAAAAAACAGAACUGCCAAAAAAGAUGUUCAAUGAAAAUUAUUGCGUUUUCGUGCUUAACAUUCAUAAAUGAAAUAGUGUUGUAGAUGUAUGAUGUUUGAACUACGUAAUUGGCAAAUAAGAGAAGAGAAAAAAACACACAUUCAAUUCGGCUAUUGUAUAACAGUGAGCCGAUUUCUCUCUGUGUUAAUUAAAUGAUUGUGACUAAGCAUUGAUUCUGAUUUUCUUCUUCUUUGUUCUUCUCCAUUGUGCAUAUCAUAAUUAACCCCGAUAAAAAGAAAAAAACAAACGACAGAAUAAAUGAAGAAGAAGCUUUGUAUUGCUCUCUUUCUGUUCGUGGCGGUAAGAACUGUCAAACCGAAAAACGAUUGGAAUCAUGUGUUUUGACGUUCGCGUGUGUGUAUGUAUGUGCUUUUGUUGCGCGUUUCACGGAGCGAAAAUUCUGAUUUCAUCGAAUUUCGUGGAAGAAAAAUGGUUAUACAUUUAAUAAAAUAUAGCCCACGAAGCCAGCACGAUAGAACAAUCGUUGCAUUGUGAAUGAAAAAAGAGCGAGAAAAAGAGUGUCAACGGCAGAAAAAACCGUAUUUUAUACACGAACAAAAAAUGACGUAAAACGUAGGUCAUUUUCCAUUCCAUUGAAUAUUCGAACUGCGUUUUUUCUACACUCUUUGUUUUUCUGUCUCUGUCGCGCCAUGUUCUAAGUGAAUCGGCUCUCAUAUCCGCAACUGGUUUACGCAUUAAACAGUCAUUCUCAUCGAAUUGGACGUGCGCACUAGCACAAACUAUCUAAACGUGAUCACAGCAAGUCUCUUCAAGAUCGUUUUAAAUCGUUUUCGCGUAAUUUUACACAGCGUUCAGCCGAAAAAAGAACAACAAGAGAUACAUAUUUCAACGGAGAAUUAACAAAGAAAAAGAAGGAGAAAAACAACAACAUACAGAAAGAGUGAAAUACACACAGAGCCAAUAAAGCGCUCAAGUAAAUAGAAGAAGAAGAAUAUAUUCAUGGUUAUUGUUAUUGUUGUUGUUAUUGUUAUGUGUGCCUAUUAAUAAUUCACAUCAGUGGACAGAGAGUUAUGUAUUAGUGUGACUGUCACACAGAAGAGUCACAUGUGAGACACAUUAAAAAUGUUCAUUUAGGCAAUUAAAACAAAGUCAAAAGUUAAACUACAUAAAGUGAAGAAGAGACGAGGGGAAAAAAGGGCAAGCAACAAAGACAGAAAACAAAAAUUGAUUGUUUUCUUCUUCAUUUUUGUUGUUUGUAUGUUUGUCAUUCUUCGUUUCCAUUAAUAUUGAGCCGCUGUGAGAAACUACGAUAAACGACGACGACGACAUACAUACAAAGAGUGCGGGUUUUGCCUGGUGAUCCAUACACAACGAUUGAUUAGCAAAUGUCAUCUGUGGACAGCAAUGAAAAAAACACUUGAUGACAUCGCAUGUGUGUGAUCGUUCAAAGCACAGACAAACAGAUAAUAACCAUUCAAAACUAUUUUAUUGUUCACCAAAAGAAACAAACAAAACUGCCAUAAACUGUUUGGCGCAACGUUGAAGAGCAGCGCAUUUAUUUUGGAAUUUUUUUUUUCGGUGAGUUAGCAGAAAAAGUAAAACGGUUUGCAUUGAAAAAAUAUGAUACACGACGAAUUCGAGCAAGAAUUUGCAGCGUCAAUGGAUGACCUGGAAAGCAUUGACACCAUCACAAUUCCACCACCAGCAAGUGCAACCGCACUCACCACCAGCAAAUUGGCCAAGUUUAAACGACUACCGGAAAUCGAUGAAAACACUGUAGUCAGAGACAUUUCGUCAUCUUCAUCGGAUUUACUGUAUCGUGUGUCGACGGAUAUGCUGGCGGCCAGUGCUGGUGCGGGUGACUUGAGAAAAACCGUUUUGAUAAACAACAGUGCCAAUGAAAUACUAUCAAAUUCACCGGUGACCUUAAGCGAUGACGAUGAUGGUGUCGACGAUGACAAGCUUAAAAUUGAUGUGGUCAAUAACAAUUUUACCAAUGGCAACAACAACAAUAACAACAACAAAGACGAAACACCGAUUGAUAACAGAAGUGCCGAUGAUACACAAGUCAAAACGGGAGCCAAACGCAAAUUCAUCGUCACACGUAUGGAUUCAAAGGUGCUGCUCAGACCGGAAGCAGAAAAUCUACGAAAUUUAACAGCCAAAUCGAAUGCGGCUACCAUCAGCUUCCCCUGUUCAUCAUCAUCGAAUCGAACAUCGCUCAGCGGUUUGUUCGCUCCAAACGCCACAUUCGAACCACAUUUGGAUAAGAGAUUCUUCGACACAUCUUUAGUUCGUAUCAAUGCGAACAGCAUGCAAUCGUUGAACACAUCGAAUGACAAUGGCCAAGAAAGUUCAUUAAACAUUGACGGCAAUAUCUGGGAACGACGAAAAGAUAUCAAACCCAGGGUACAAUUGGUUGAGGCCGAUGGCCGUGGACAAAAUCGCUCAGCCAAGAAUGGUGAAGCGACCAAAUCGGUAGAAAAUGAUGGUGCAAGCAAAAAAUUAGAUGAACUCAAACCAAAGAAGAAAAAUAAUCGCUCAAACUCAUUGGAACGGCGAAAGAGUGGCGAUGGUGAUUCAAUCAUUAAUCAGUCAACAGUUCAUGGCAUUGCUAGUCCAAAUCGUCGGCCAACCAUAUUUGAUGUGUUUCGGCCACGUUCAAAGUCUGACGCCAAACGAAAAGCAGAACGUGAAUUGGCCAAGGCACAAUCGACCGAUAAAGACAGUAGUGCAAGCGGAAGUAGUACGCAUAGUGGGUCUGGCAUAAUGCAUAGCAUGAAAGCAGCGAUGCAACAUACAAUUGGUACAAAAUCCGAUUCAAAGUCAUCAAAAUACCGAGAUGGUUCAGCGCAUCCGCACGGUGGCAGUGAUGCACAGUAUUAUCAUACUGUGACCGCUGUACGAAGGCUUGAUCAUGCUAAAUCACCGAUGACCAAAAUGAUGGACUUAUUCAGGCAUCGAUCGAAUUCAGCCGUUUCCGAAGCGGAUAAACGCAAAGCGAAAGCGGCUUCAAUGCUUCAACAUCAAAUGGCGACGCAGAGUGCAAUAAUGCGACGAGCAUCAGCUGAAUUGGAAAAGCGACGCGCUUCAUUGGGAGCGACACGUGGCUUACGAUCAGAUGGCACACUCGAUCCAUAUUAUGCAGCUAUACUAUUUCGUGAUUCAAGAGGCCUACCCGUUGCGGAUCCGUUCUUGGAAAAGUACAAUAUGUCAGAUUCGGAAGAAGAUGAUUCGCUGAUUUUUGUGAAAUUCUUCCGGUUUCACAAAUGCUACGACUUGAUACCAACAUCCGCUAAAUUGGUGGUUUUUGAUACUCAACUAUUAGUGAAGAAGGCGUUUUAUGCACUCGUUUACAAUGGUGUCCGUGCUGCACCACUAUGGGAUUCCACGAAGCAGUCAUUUGUUGGCAUGUUAACGAUAACUGAUUUUAUCAAAAUCCUUCGAGCAUAUUACACAUCACCGAAUACAUCUAUGGAUCAAUUGGAAGAGCACAAGUUAGAAACAUGGAGAAGUGUCCUUAACGCCCAAGUAUUGCCGCUGGUGAGCAUUGGUCCGGACGCAUCACUGUUUGAUGCCAUUAAAAUGCUGAUAACCAAUCGAAUCCAUAGACUGCCCGUUAUUGAUACACUAACCGGUAACGUUUUAUACAUUUUGACCCACAAGAGGAUCCUACGGUUUUUAUUUUUAUAUAUAAAUGAGCUACCAAAACCUGCAUACAUCCAUAAAACAUUGCGUGAAAUUCGUAUAGGAACGUAUGAUAAUAUCGAGACUGCAAAUGAGGACACUAGUAUUAUAGAUGCGCUGCAUAAGUUCAUUGAUCGUCGUGUGUCUGCGUUGCCAGUGAUCGAUUCAGAGGGCCGUUUAGUUGAUAUUUAUGCAAAAUUUGAUGUGAUUAAUUUAGCGGCAGAGAAAACUUACAAUGACUUGAAUGUGUCGUUGCGUAAGGCGAAUGAGCAUCGGAACGCGUGGUUUGAAGGUGUUCAAAAGUGUAUAUUGGAUGAAACGCUGUAUGUCAUAAUGGAGCGUAUUGUGCGCGCCGAAGUGCAUCGUCUAGUCAUUGUUGAUGAGGCCGACAAAGUGAUUGGUAUCAUUUCGUUAUCGGAUAUAUUGCUUUAUUUGGUGUUACGACCCAUGGAAUCAUUAAAAUCGAUGGGCGGCUCAUUGCAUUCGCUACGAUCACUGCAGACAAGUAGUCUGGGCGGUUUGGAUGAUUCAAUGGAUAGCAUUAUACGUGGUGGAAAUAGUGUGAUUGAUGACAAUGUUUUCGAUGAACGUAGCGAAGAUUUAAUAUCGGGAACGGAGGGUGAAGAUGAAGGUAUUGUUUCACAUUCAACCACACCGAAUCCAAUGUCCGACGAUACCAUAACCGAAGCAAAAAGUGAUACAUUCAAUCCGAGCGAUAUUACUGAAGCAAUGGGCUCAUUGGAUCUAAAUUCAGAAUCGUCAGUGGGAGCAAUUAGUACGGCUAAAUCAGCUGCAAGCGAAUUAGCCACCGUUGCCGAGUAAACCCCUUUUUUGUUAUAGUUCAUUUGAACGAAAGAAGAAGGAGAGACACAACAACAAAAUGAAUAGAAAACCACAACCUUUUUUGUAUAUAAAAUGAAAUAAUUUUAAAUUGAAAAGUUCUCUUAUAAAUGAGGCGAGACAUGUGAAAAACUGAGUUGAACAAAACAAAAAAUUGUAAUUCGAUUUUUGCCUAAACUAAUACAUCUUUUUUUUCUAAUAAAACGAAUUGGUAAAUUGUACGUGUAAUUGAAUAUAGAUAGGAAAUCUGCUUCUAAGAAAAUCUAUUGAAAUAAAUCUUCAGCAAUCAAAAUUUA